CAGAUUGGCACGUACCAACCGUCCGCAGGCAGGGCUCAGGGGGAGCCGGUCUUCCCACCUGAGAAGGAUUCACUAAAAAAUGUCUCUUUCGUCCAGCCAGACCCACAUAGGUUGACGUAGAUGUUUAUCUGAAAUAUCACCUUCCCAGAAACGUUGUAAGUAUGAAGAUCUGCUCGCCGCUCCUGUAAGCGCCGUUCUCCGUCUCACCCACAUUUGCGGAUGAACCCGUCCUAACUGCUGACCUUUUCAAGAUGGCGGCCGGCGGCGGCCGCCCCCGGGCUCGCGCACCUCCCCAAGAUGGCGGCGCCCGAGGCCUGGCGCGCCCGGAGUUGCUGGUUCUGUGAGGUAGCGGCGGCAACGACCAUGGAGGCCACGUCCCGGGAGGCGGCGCCAGCGAAGAGCUCGGCCUCGGGCCCCAGCGCUCCCCCCGCCCUGUUCGAGCUGUGCGGGCGGGCGGUGAGCGCCCAUAUGGGGGUUCUGGAGAGCGGGGUGUGGGCCCUCCCAGGCCCAAUACUUCAAAGCAUCUUACCUCUGCUCAAUAUAUAUUACUUGGAAAGGAUUGAGGAAACUGCCCUCAAGAAAGGCCUCUCCACUCAGGCCAUCUGGCGCCGACUAUGGGAUGAACUGAUGAAGACAAGGCCUUCUGGUCUGGAAAGCGUGACGUGUUGGCGAGCCAAGUUUAUGGAGGCUUUUUUUUCCCAUGUUCUACGUGGAACCAUUGACGUGUCUUCAGACAAGCGUCUUUGUGACCAGCGCUUCUCACCUCUUCUGCACAGCUCCCGCCAUGUCCGGCAGCUCACCAUCUGCAACAUGCUGCAGGGUGCAACUGAGCUGGUGGCUGAGCCAAACCGCAGGGUUCUGGAGACCCUGGCCAGUUCCCUGCACACUCUCAAGUUCCGCCACCUGCUAUUCUCCGAUGUGGCUGCUCAGCAAUCACUUCGACAGCUGUUGCAUCAGCUUAUUCACCAUGGGGUUGUCAACCAGGUGUCACUCUACUCCUGGCCUGUGCCUGAGUCAGCCCUUUUCAUCCUUAUCCUCACCAUGAGUGCUGGCUUCUGGCAGCCAGGCCCUGGCGGUCCUCCCUGCCGCCUCUGCGGAGAGGCCUCUCGAGGCCGGGCCCCAUCCCGAGAGGAAAGCUCCCUCCUGCUGGGCUCACGCAGGCCUCGCAGGGAUGCUGCUGAGCGAUGCGCUGCAGCCCUGAUGGCUUCCCGUCGGAAGAGUGAAGCCAAGCAGAUGGCCAGAGCCCCGCCUACCACUCGGGUUACACGCAGGAGCACACAGGAGAGCCUGAGAGCAGGUGGGAUAGACCGUAAGAGGGAGCUGCACCCUCCAGCUACCUCCCAUGAGGGUCCUGGCACCAGGCAGCCACCCUCUGCUCCAGCCACCUCCUCGGCCUCUCCCUCUUCUUCCACAUCCGCAUCUAAAAGGGCUCCAGCUAGCUCAGCCCCACAGCCUAAGCCCUUAAAGCGUUUUAAGAGAGCCACGGGGAAAAAGGGUGCUCGCACUCGUCAAGGGUCUGGUGCAGAGUCUGAAGACCUGUAUGACUUUGUUUUCAUUGUGGCUGGUGAGAAGGAAGAUGGGGAAGAGAUGGAAAUUGGGGAAGUGGCUUGUAGCGCUUUGGAUGGGUCAGAUCCCAGCUGCCUGGGGCUUCCAGCGCUGGAGGCCUCCCAACGAUUCCGCAGCAUUUCCACCUUGGAGCUCUUCACAGUCCCACUCUCCACAGAGGCAGCUCUGACACUGUGCCACCUGCUGAGCUCCUGGGUGUCUCUGGAAAGCCUCACACUAUCCUACAAUGGCCUGGGCUCUAACAUCUUUCGCCUGCUGGACAGCCUCCGGGCCCUGUCAGGCCAGGCUGGAUGCCGCCUCCGUGCCCUGCAUCUCAGUGACCUGUUCUCACCACUGCCCAUCCUGGAGCUGACACGUGCCAUUGUGCGAGCCCUGCCCCUGCUGCGGGUCCUCUCUAUUCGCGUCGACCACCCCAGCCAAAGGGACAACCCUGCUGCGCCAGGGAAUGCAGGGCCCCCUAGCCACAUAAUUGGGGAUGAAGAGAUACCAGAAAACUGCUUGGAACAGCUGGAGAUGGGGUUUCCACGGGGAGCCCAGUCAGCCCCACUGCUCUGCUCUGUACUGAAGGCCUCAGGUUCUCUGCAGCAGCUGUCCCUGGAUAGCACCACCUUUGCCUCUCCCCAGGAUUUUGGGCUUGUGUUGCAGACACUCAAAGAGUACAACCUAGCCCUGAAGAGACUGAGCUUCCAUGACAUGAAUUUGGCUGACUGUCAGAGCGAGGUGCUCUUUUUGCUACAGAAUCUGACUCUUCAAGAGAUUACCUUCUCCUUCUGCCGUCUGUUUGAGAAGCGCCCGGCCCAAUUUCUGCCUGAGAUGGUUGCUGCUAUGAAGGGCAACUCCACAUUGAAGGGCCUCCGGCUGCCAGGGAAUCGCCUGGGGAAUGCUGGCCUGCUGGCCCUGGCAGAUGUUUUCUCAGAGGAUUCAUCCUCCUCUCUGUGUCAGCUGGACAUCAGUUCCAACUGCAUCAAGCCAGAUGGGCUUCUGGAGUUCGCCAAGCGGCUGGAGCGCUGGGGCCGUGGAGCCUUUGGUCACCUGCGCCUCUUCCAGAACUGGCUGGACCAGGAUGCAGUCACAGCCAGAGAAGCUAUCCGGCGGCUCCGGGCAACCUGCCAUGUGGUCAGCGACUCGUGGGACUCAUCCCAGGCUUUCGCAGAUUAUGUCAGCACCAUGUGACGGGGCCCCGUGCCUCACAGGUCCGUGCUCAGUACCAUCAGCUUGCAAGGGCUGAGGCACGGGCUGCCCAGAACUCCCAACCAAUUCUGUCUUUCUCUUUCUGCCACCUUCCCCCCCUCUAUUCUCCUUCUUCCCUUGCACUGAGGAUCUGGAGGCCUUGGUGAGGCCCAGCAAAGGCAUUCCUAGAACUGGGGUUAGAGGCUUUGGGCCUCUUACUCAGCAACCCGAGAACCCUGAGCCAGGAGGUUACAGUGGUCAUCUGAGGACAGCCCCCCACCCCCUGCUCCGGGGUUCCUGCAUUCCCACCUAAGCAGGUCCCCAAGCUUUAGAGAAAUAUAGGAGUGCCCACUUCCAGGCCUCUUCUCUGCUGGGCUCACCAUGCUGCUCCCAGGCCUCAGUCCCUUUCAUACCUUUAUUCCUUUCUUUUUUUUAACCAAAAAAGUUUUUCUUAUAAAAUAAAUUUUGGGCAAACAUCAUGCAGCCCUUCUUGAUGAUUUUUCUCCCAGAGAACAAAAUCCAGCAGGGCCCUAUGGGGCAAGAAGCCCCUCUCCCUGCCUCCUCCCGUUGAACAGCUAUACCCAGACUAGUUAUCAGCGGAGGCCCCGCUGCUCCUCAUGAGAACGCUGGUGGAAGACGAAGGUGAUGGCAGUGGAGACCGCAUCCCAGGCAGCCUGGAGUACCUCAUCCCUGAGCCCCCGCUUAUCAGUGCUAUGGUUCCACUGAGCCAGGUCUGAGGUGCAGUCAGAACCAUCAGGGGGUGGCCUGACUUGGUGGUUGUUGACACAGCGGCAGCAGCGCAACCUGGGGGCAGAGGACAAAGCUGUGGUCACUGUACACCCCAUCUCCAAGCUAUUAUAUAAGGAAUGUCCAGAUAAUGGCUACACGGGCACUCCACCCACCUAUCAUGUGUGUCACUGAGGCUAGCCUCAUCCAGGGUAAACAGCUCCUUCAAUUCGCCCAGAGAGAAGUGUCGCUCCACAUCCUGCUCUUCAUCCACCACACAACUACUCAGUGCCUUCUUGUGGCUCUGACGCUGAAAGAUCUUCUCCUCGAUGGUUCCUGCCUGGGGGAGGAUUGGGGAAGACAGGGCUAAGUCAUCUCCAUACAUAGGGAGAAGAAAAACCAGGGGAUGAAACUAUAGCCACCUAAGAGAAAGAUCAAUGAAAAGUAAGAACCCUGCAGCAAUACCUCUGCUUAGCUAAGCCCAUUGCCUAGCUUAUCUCUUGGGAAUAUGACUUAUACAGGUCUGCCCAUAUUUUCUGUACCAAUGGAGGGUUUCAGGGCCUGGCUAAAUUCCUUUAGGGUUAAGCUGAGGUUUGUCUGUAGCAGCUUCACCAGAUUUUACCCAAUAACUCAUUUGGGUAGUAUAUGCCAGACCCUGUGCGAACACUAGGAUAUAAAGAAUCAA